AGUGACGCGGGCACUCCAAAGAGUUCAGCAUCUGGGAGCAAAACAACAGCCAGCUUCAUUUGAGUUGCCAUCGGGUCUUCAACGAAGCCUAAUUUGCACACGGCAAUAACAUCUACCAGAUUUGGUGGCCAUAAUGAAUCCAGUGUACAGCCCUGCACCAACAGGGGUUCCUUUCACCAAUUCCAAGGGUAUAGGCUAUCCAGCUGGCUUCCCUGUUGGCUACGCAGCAGCUGCCCCAGCAUACACUCCUAAUGUCUACCAAGGAGCAAAUCCAGCCUUCUCAAGUGGUUACGCCCCUGGGGCUCAAUUCAAAAUGUCCUGUUCCCCAAACACCGGGACUGUCCCGCCGUACUCAUCCUCCCCAAACCCCUACCAAGCUGCUGUAUACCCAGUAAGGAGCAGCUACCCCCAACAUAACCCUUAUGCACAGGCGCUGAUACCUUCACAACAGCAAGGUACUUACUUCACACAGCCACUGUAUGCGGCACCGCCUCACGUGAUCCAUCACACAACAGUGGUCCAGCCCAAUGGGAUGCCCGCGGCCAUGUAUGCCCCAUCCAUCCCUCCUCCCCGCAACAAUGGGGUUGCCAUGGGGAUGGUAGCCGGCACCACUAUGGCCAUGUCAGCUGGAACUCUGCUGUCGACUCCAUCACCAGCGCCCGCCGCUCUCGCCCCGCACCCCGUCACCGUGCCCACAUAUCGGCCCGCCGGCACGCAGAGCUACAGCUAUGUGCCCCCGCAGUGGUGAAGUCCAAGCAGAGUGAGGUGUAUGAUAUGCAUUCACACUCCACUCCAGUGUUUUUUGCUCGCGGCGGUGGACCAACUCUGCCAGCAUCUGCAACCAGUUUGUCUUCUUCCAGUAUAAUGUGAAUCUGAAACCAUGUAGGUCCAUUAGGACAGAGAGAUGGGUCAGGCCCGUCUAUCCUCGAGUCUUAAUGGAAUUAGGCUUCAUUCCACGCCGCACCCCUACAAGCCUGUUGCAUAUCUCACAUCCAAUGGCCUAAACCUCCAUGCAAUUGUUUAUGCAGGCUGUCAUGCAGAAUUUUACAGUUUUAAGUAGCUUGUGGUGAAAUUGGAGUUCGGAGUAGUUUGUCCCCACCUAUUUUGGAGAUGCGUCUGAUGUUGAAUGCAUGUUCUGUAUGUUGAUAUGUCAAGUAACGCUAGCGCAAUCGACCUGCUGUGACCGAUGCAAACUCCUUCAAAAGGAACACAUCCAAAGGACGUUAAAAGUAAGAAAUCUCCGAUGCUGACUUCCCAGUCACCCCAUCUUAAAUGUGAAACAAGAUGAGAAGUGUUCAUGCAAAAAAAAAAAAAAUAAUAAUAAAAAAUAGCAAAGUUGCA